AGGCCGGAAGAGGCUCCCCAGCCAAUGGCCGGGGCAGUUCCCCGUCCCCGCCCGCCCCAGGCCGGAGCCGCCGCGCUGCAUAACGGCGCAGUGACGGCGCAGCUCGGCCGGCUGCCGGCUGCCGCGCAGGCGCAAAGGCAGCGUCCUCCUUCCGUUCCGUCUGUCACCUCACAGUUAGUGUCGCCGCACCCGGCGAGCGGCAGAGGGGCCAGCAUCGGGGUCGCCCUUUCCCGUUCCCCUCCGCUUUCCGGCCGGGCGGCGGGUAUCUGUCAGGGUUCCCGGGUGCCGCCCGGCGGCUGUGUUUGCACCUCCAUGGAGGAGCCGCUGGCCCUGCACCCCGUCAAGCUCUAUGUGUACGACCUGUCCAAGGGCAUGGCCCGGCGCCUCAGCCCCCUCAUGCUGGGGAAGCAGCUGGAUGGCAUCUGGCACACCUCCAUAAUAGUCCAUAAGGAUGAGUUCUUCUAUGGCAGUGGAGGAAUCUCCAGCUGUGCACCUGGAGGGACACUUCUUGGCCCUCCAGACACAGUUGUGGACCUGGGGAACACGGAAGUCACAGAGGAAAUCUUUCUGGAGUAUCUUUCCUCUUUGGGGGAGUCUAUGUUUCGAGGAGAGUCUUAUAACCUCUUCGAACAUAACUGCAACACCUUCAGUAAUGAAGUGGCACAGUUCCUGACAGGAAGAAAAAUCCCUUCCUACAUCACUGACCUUCCAGCUGAAGUUCUUGCCACACCUUUUGGACAAGCUUUAAGGCCCCUCCUGGACUCCAUCCAGAUCCAGCCACCCGGAGGAAAUACCUUCAGCAGACAUAACGGACAGAGCUAACAGGAGGGAGCCAGUGCCCAGCCUCACCAGGCCUCUUCCUUUUUAAACCUGAAUCUACCAGAUUUCUAUUUUGUAAUUUCCCAUGAGAAUUAACUCUACAGAAGUUGCAAGACAAGUUUUAAAAUUUCCUAGGGAGAGGAUUUGUCAUGGUGCAUGUCAGACAAUGCUACCAAAAGGAUUGCCAUAAUUUCUAAUAGUGUUGUACUAAUUCAUACAGAUUGUCUCAUCCAAGCAGGCUGACACUUUCUAAGUAACUCCUGUGCUGGUAAGUGGGAAGUCAUUUCAUGAGCAUUCAAGGGCCCAUUACAUGAUUUGGAGUAAAUAAGGUGAUGACCUUGCCAUCCCUUGCAGGCUUAGAUCUCUUUCCUCUGUCAUUGCCUAUAUUGUGGGGGUACUCUACUGAAGCCUUCAGGAAAAAGAGAAAGGAAGUGUUGGUAGCCUAGGAAGUAAAGGUGUCCCAGGAAUAGUCUUCCUCAUAUUUCAUGGUCAUUGUGUGAUUUGCUCAGGGGAAAAGCUCAACUCGUCUUAACUGGAGUGUCUGCAGUGGUUCAGCUGUGUGGGAAAGGUGAUCAAGCUGAACUGUGUGCCAGAGAGAGGCUGGAGCUGGAGGUUACUGCAAGCCAUGUAAUUCAAGAGUUAUGGAAAGUAAAUAUUCUGAAAACAGAAUCCCCUGAGCAGAAGAGGUGGUAACAAGUUGCAGGUGAAAGUAAAAUGAAGUGAAAUGUUUCCUUUUCUCCCCUGUAAGCUUCUUGGCAAACAGACAGCCUCUUCUUGCUGCAAGAGCUGUGAUUUUCUCAUUAUUCUUUUUUUCCUUAGCAAGCUAGAAUGGCAGGACAGCAAGCCAGGGAUAGCAUGGCAACUGCACAGCAGUUCUGCCUUCAGUAUCUACUUGCAGAUACGGUAGGAGUUGCUACUUUCUUUGAUGUUGCUGUCCUUUCCAAAGCACAUCGCAGAAAAGACUCACUUAAGUUUAAGAGAAAUAGGUGGAAAGUCUCCCUAAAUGUAAAGAAAAGGAGGAAAAGUAAAAUUAGGCUUUUUCAUGGAGCAGUGGAGUUGAUGGACAUACAUGCAGAAGCAGUCCUGUCCUUUGGUGUUAGGUUGUAUCAAUACUCCUAUCUUCUCGUUUAAGAUUCUUAUAGCUUUGCAAUUAUUUGCAGUGGAAAAAAGAUCAGGGAGAUGAAAGAACAUAGGCUCAUUGAUCUCUGUUCAUGCUUGUAUAUAAACUAUGUUCCUGAACAAUUUUAUAGCAGUUACAUUUAGGAAGGAAGACAGCAGACAGACCCCAAAACAUUGCCCCAUAAAUGGGGUUUGCAUGUCCCAGAUGCUGUGAAAAAGCAUCUAUGCAAAUACAGAACCCACUGACCACUGCUUUGUUGUGAAACAUAUUGCUGCAAGCUCAGUCCUGGAUCUCAAACUCCUUGCAAACUAGAGAUGUCUUUCCUCUGUUGGGCUCCUUCUCCCAGAAUAAUGCAGUUUGAAAUUUUUCUCACCCUUGUUACUCAGUGUGGACUGUUGUGGUUCAUAUCUUUGAGGGGAUGGAAUGGAGGAAAAAUGCAGUUUAAUCACUCUUAAAUAAAUACUUUGUUGCCCUGCACCUUGUGGAGUCACAAUGCAGGUGGAAAUAGGGCACUGUCAGUCCAUUUUGCAGUUGUGUGUGCCUGUUCUCAGUGUGCAGGAGUGGCUCUUGCAGUCCAAAAUGGUGGGUUUUUUGGUUGUCUUUUCCCUUGUCAUUCUCUUCUUGUGUCAUCAACUUCUCCUUUAGCAUUUUAUUUGAGGGACUGGACUUGGAGACAGCUCUAGCAACUAAUACCCAUAAGUUUACACAAAAGCUCUCAAUCUUAUCCCAUCAAAAUGUCCUGUUAGUAAAAAGCAUUCUGUAAUGAAUCAUUUAUGGAUGCAUCUGGAGGAAGGAUUGGUGGGUGUUUGGGUUUUGCUAAGCCAUAGAUCACUUUUUUCUCUUUAAUAUGUAUAUUCUCUCCAGUCUGUUCCCAAUACCUAUUCUGUGAUGAGUAACCAGUCUCUCGUUUUAAUGCACACAUGCCUGUGCCACGAAGUUCCUCAGCUCAACAGGUGUAUUCAAGCUGACAGAGUGCAACCCAACAGCUACAUGUGCUGGUUUGGUACCAGCAAGCAGUGCAGCUACAAGUGCUUACCUUUCAGCAAGCUGCCACUUCAGGCACAGCUGCCUGCAGUGAAAGCACUGGUGCCACAGUUUCUGCCCCACACUCUGUUGCAGUAAAGUCCUGAGCCUGGUUUCUGCUUUGUUGCCUAUUUUGGGACUUGUUAGAUCCUCAGGAGGCAGGAAAACAAAGCCAGAUGUUCAACCCAUGCCUUUCAGAGCCUGCCUUUUCCCAUCCUGAGCAGCCUCUUUGCCAAGACUGUUGUUACUCUAAGGUCACUAGGUAAAAUUUCACUUGACCAUACACUGUUUGCAAUAGCCAAGGAGCUGCUGAAGGUCUUCUGGGCUCAGGACUUACUCUGUAUUUUGUGGUGAAAAAACUGUAAGAGAGAAUCCUGUUUCCUUGGUUUUAUAGGUUAACAAGACCUCUGUACCCUUUAGGCCUCUUAGGAACCCCAUUUUCUCCAAAGAUAGACAAAUAUAACUUACAGGGCUGUGCCCCCCCACCCUUCCACCUUGCCAUACCUACUUAUAGGAGCGUACACUAGACUGAGAGGUGUAUCUAAGUGUAUAUAGGUGACAAACUUCAGCCAGCUGAUUGACAAAGGGGCAGGGAAACUGACCUCCUGAAAGGGUUGCCCACACUUACUAUGCUAUAGUGUAUUGCUGGGGUUCCCCCCGUGCCAUUUAAGAAUUGUUAGUAAAGUCUUUAGGGGGGAAAGUGAUGUUUUGAUUUAUUUGUGCUUUUUUUUUUCUAUUACAAUAAAAAGAAAUACAGAAAA